GUUGGUUCGCAGCGUAGGCAACUCGACGUUUUCGGCAAUCCAAAACAGCUCAGCAACACGCAUCUCAUUUUUGAAUUUUUCCGAAAAAAAUUUAUCUUGCAGUGUCGUCGAAGCAUGGCUGCCGAUAAGAAACGUUUGAACGUCGAGUUUAAAUCGAUUCCAGAGUCGCUUGAAGAGCCGUUCUUAAAAGAGUUUCCGGAGUACGUGGAGGGCCUUGCCCGCGGUGAUCCAGGUGGUUUUGUACUGACGCCGCAUUACGGAGAGAAUGCCGAAGAGCUCUACAAUUUCCACGUUCGGCCAGAUGACAUUUGGAUUCUUAGCUUCCCUAAAAGUGGAACGACGUGGACUCAAGAGCUGGUUUGGUUAGUUGCGAAUGAUUGCGAUUUCGAAGGAGCCAAAAGGGAUUUGAACGAUCGAUCGCCGUUUCUCGAAUUCCCGUACUUGAUCCCGAGGAAAGGAACCCCUUCCUACGGACACUUGCCAUCGGUUGAAAAGCAAAUGCAAUUGAGGGAGAAACUGGAAUCGCCCCGUUUGAUCAAAACUCAUUUGCCAUUGGAUUUACUUCCACCGCAAUUAACGGAUACCUGCAAAGUUGUUUACGUUGCAAGGAAUCCUAAGGACGUCAUAGUGUCAUAUUAUUACCAUCAUAGACUGAUCAAAUUCCACUAUUUCGAUGGGGACCUAGAAAGUUUUGCACACCGGUUUAUAAAAGACCAAGUCUGGUACGCUCCCUAUUUUGGACAAGUUUUGGCUGCAUGGGAGAAAGCGAAGAACAAUCCAAAUGUUCUCUUUCUUUUCUACGAAGAUAUGAAAAAGGAUUUAGCGGGACAAAUAAAAAAGGUGGCCCAGUUUCUGGGCAAAUCUUUGACGGACGAACAGCUGGAGAAACUCGUUCGCCAUUUGACAUUUGAAAAUCUGUCCAAGAACUCUGCCGUGAACAAGGAGGACGGCAAAAAGCAUGGAGUUUUUAACGCUGAUGGCAAUUUUAUGCGCAAAGGGGAAACUGGAGAUUGGCAAAGAUAUUUCAGUCCCGAAAUGUGCCGCCAGAUUGACGAGUGGACCGAAUUAAAUCUUCGUGGGAGUGACAUCACCUUCGUCGAUAAGAUUUGAACGCGAACUGGACUCGGCAAUGACAUUAUUGUGCUGUGAUAACGCGAUCCUUUAUUGCUUCAUUUUUACCAAUCGAUUGCUGAACUGUAUAGCCAUAUCGUUGAUGAAAUACAAUAUCACUACAAGGCAGUGAUUUCAA